ACUGCAGGGAAGAAGCGUCCCUGUGUGUGUGGAAAUAGUUCAUACAAAGUCCUCCGUUGUAGUAACGGCACAUAGUGACCAAGUUGUUGGUGAAGCUACGGUAAUUCACAUAAAGUAAAUAGAUUCUUUCUUACAUGCACUCAACAUACCAUUCACUCUUUAGGUUGCUUUACGUUUGUCUGAAAGUGUAAACUAGCUAUAUGGCUGUGCAAAUACUCAACCAGAGUGACCAGCCGUGAUUAUAAGUGGUUGCUAACGUGUAUUAGCUUUUCCAAGCCUGCGGGUUGUUUCAUAAACAGUGCGGGUACUUUCCUCGAGCCAAGCUGACAACCUACACAACCAUGAGCCAAAAGACAAGAUCACCAGAGUCAGCCGAAAACUCGAAGCUGGCGGGACAUGGAAGUGAUACUUUGUACCUGUCCUCUCCCUCAGGAGAGGACCUUAAAGUUGCCGUACAGGACCCUGGGAGUGGGACAAACAACAUUAAACUGCUUCUAGGCGAAUUCAAAAGACUGUACGAACAUAGGUUGCGAUGUCUAGAGCUGGACACCAAUAUUAUUCACGAAGAAGUGAUGCAGAAGAAAGUGAAUUUCCUGUGGUCUUAUGUGAAUGACCUUGCAGACCAGAACCAGGUGCUGGUUCAGACCAUUGAGGAUCUGCAGAAGGAAGCCGACUACAAGGUUUCCAAUUGGGGAAUGAAGCUCUGCACCUCUGAUCGUAUUUUGGAGGUGUCUGAGGUUGAUCUGAGGACUUUGUUGCUGGAUGAGCUUGUUGGACCUGCGGCUCACGUCCCUCACAGUACUGGGUCCUUGGUCCGGAUCACAUCUGAGUUAGAAGACCUGCAAAUGCAGUUGCAAACCAAAGACAUGGUCAUCUCUGAUCUGGAGAGGGAGCUCAGAGAAAAGCAAAAGACUGCAACACAGGCGUUGGAAAGUAGUGAGAGGCUGGUGUACCUGCAGAGCGAGCUCUCGUGUCUGCAGCGGAUCCAGAAAGACAGCAUGAAGGAGAUUGCUGAGAAAGACAUCUGCAUCACCAAACUGCAAGUUAACAAUGAGCUGCUGCAACAAGAUGGGGCCAACGCACGCGAUCAGCUCUCCAAGGUGAAUAUGAGAGCGAGGGAGCUUCAGGAAGAGCUGAAGAGAAGAGAGGAAGAAUGGAGGCAAAGAGAAGACAAACAGAGACUGAAAUAUGAAAAGGAGCAUCAAAAAGCAGAGGAGAGGAGAAGGCACGAGCAACAAGAGAGAGAGGAAGAGUGGGUGAAGAAAGUGGAGGAGGAGGUGAAGAAGAGGGAGGAAGAGUGGAAGAGGGUGAUUGAGGAGGAGAGAAAGGCCCAUGCUCAAGCUGUUAAAAAGUGGGCUGAGAAGACAGCUGUUUUUAAUUCUGAGUUGGCGGUCAGCAGGAAGCAGGUAGAGCGACAGAACAGGGAGCUGUCAGAGUCCCACCAGAAGGAGGAGACGCUUCUCUCUGAGAUGAAAGAGAGAGAGGAGCAUGUGAGGCACCUGGACCAGGAUGUGGUUUGUUUGCGAGCCACACAGGACUCUCUGAAGGGAACCUUGGCUAUGAAGGCGAAACACACACAACAGCUGGUCCAAGACAUCGCACAACUCAAAGAAAGCCGGGCUUUACUGCAGAGCAAAUUACAAACCAGCGAGUGCAUGUUGAGUGACAUCAGUGAAACCCUGAAUCAGACCAAAACCAGCCUGGACGUGGAAAGAGAGCAGAGGCAGCAGAUCCAAGACCAGUUGAACCAUGCCAACAAAGAGAUGGAGCAUCUGCAGCAGGAGAUAGCACAUGUGCGUCACACCACUCAAAAGAAGAUUCAGAAGAGGGAAAAUAAGAUGUGCACGCUUGUGACGGAGCUUACAGAGAGUAAGAAGCAGCACUCUGAAUGUCAGAAAGAGUUGCUCCGAAGAGAGAAAGCUUUGGAGAAACUGAGCGAGGAGAGGGAUGAGCUUAGAGCCAAGAUGAAGGACCAGAGCAGAGAGUCUGUCCACCUCAACCAGACCAAAGGGAGACUGGAGGCUGACUUGGCUCUGAGCCAUGAGAAACUCCACACCUCGCACCUGGAGGUUCGAGGCAGAGAUGAGUUAAUUCUGCAGUUAAGAGCUGAAAUGAAGGCCGCUGAACAAAAGCAUCAAAGGAAACAGGAACAGGUGGCAGCAUUGGAGGCUGAGGUUAGACACUUGAAAUACAAGGUCAGAAGACAACAGGAAGAGUCUUGUCAGUUAGGCAAAAAGGUCAUAGAUAUCGAGCGCCUUUUAGACCAGAAGGAGAGAGCACAGCAGCAGCUACAUGAUCAGCUCCAUAUUGGUCAGCAACAGGUCGAGACAUUUGAAGAGAAGCUAAAGAAACAGGAGGUUGAGAUGGAACUUCUUCAUCAGCAGCUGAAAGGAGCCACAGAGGAGCUGAAUGAUGCCAGUUUACAAGCCCAGCAGCAGAAAGAAACAGUAGCCAUUUUUAGACAAAAGUACACAGCAGCAAUAGAGAAGGUCCAUAGGGUGCAAGGGCAGGUGGAGCUUUUGGAAGAGGAACUAAAGUAUUCACAGGAACAGCAAAGAGAGUCCCAAUUGGCAACUCAUUCGGUGAUGGAAGAGCUAGCUGAGAUGGAGCAGCGGUACAAGGAGAAGGUUGGCCAGUGGGAGGACUCACAGGAGGCUCUUGACCAGUUGACGGAUGAGCUCCAGGCCAAUCAGUAUCUACUGAGGGAAAGUCAACAAAAAGCAGACCAUCUUCAAGGCCUGCUAGGAUGCCUGCAGGAGCAGGCGGAUACACUCAAACAGCAGAAACUGAUGUUGGAGCAUGACCUACGGCUGUUUCAACAGAGUCAUUCUCAUUCUGACGAGGAGUACAUCAGCCUGCUAAGACACAAACAGCAGCUACAGAAGCACUGCACAGAGCAGGUUGAGCGCGUUGCGGAGUGUGAAAAGGCUAUCCUUCAGAUGAAGUCAGAGCUGGAGAGACAAGCCCAGGAAAAAAUGGGUCUGAAGCAACGUCUUCUUGCAUCCCACCAUACACACGUGAGCAAUUGCGGCCAGCUGGAACAGGAAGUCAUACGUCUGAAAAAGGAAGUUACACGCUUAGAGCUUGAGCUGGCUGACAACCAAAAGGUACAUGUGGCACUUCACAGGCAGUCAGAGGAGGAGCUGAAGGAGGCCAGACAAGAGGCAGCGAGAAGGAGCAGCGAGGUGGAUGCACAGAGAGGAGAGGUGCAAAGACUUCAGAUAGAGUUACUGAAGGAGGAGGAGAAGAUCAGGAGUGCCAUCAGAGAGAAACAGAGUCUGAGCACUCGCGUCAGGCAGUUGAGCCAAGAGCUGGAGGAGCUACGCUGCCAGCUGCAAGUGACAGUGGAGGAUUUGGCAGCCCGUGCAGGGGAGGCGAGGCGAAUGGAGGGGUGCCUGAAUGAGGGAAAGCUAGCAGAGGAGAAAAUAAGGUCAAUGGCUGUGAGGCUGGAGACGGAGGUGGCAGAGCUCAGGAGGAAUCUUCAGCAGGCUGUCGAUCACAAAGUCAAGGCCGAGCGAGAUGCGCAGAAUGCACAGAAUCAGGUGGACACACUCCGGUCGGAGCUGGAGGGGACACGGUCUGACAAUGCAAACCUUCGCCAUGAGAGUCAGCUGGUCAUGACUAAUGUCAGCCAUUGGAUUACUGAACAAAAGGCUUCCAACGAGAGCCUCACUGCCCAGAUCAAGGCCCAAAACAAGGUGCUGCUCAUUGUCACUGAAGAAAAAAAACAUCUUCAGGACUGUUGUGACACAUUGAAGGAAGAGAUAAAGAGUCUUAAAGAAGUGGCGGAUAAGAAGGAGAGAGACAUGGAACACUUUAAGGCCCAGAUCCGAGACCAGGGCAUCCGGCAAGACGAGAGAGCCAUGGAAAAGCAGGGUUGGGUGGCUCUAAACCUCAGCAAAAUCGAGGACAUGCAGACCAGACUGCGAAGCAACCUGGAGGCCAUUGGAAUGCUAAAUCAACAAUUAAACUGGCUCAGCAGGGGGAAUAAGCGGUUGCGUAGGCAGCUGGAGGAGGAAAGCUCCAUGCGUAGACAAGUGGAGCGACUGCUCCCCCCUCCUUCUCCUCCUCCUCCCACCUCCUCCAUCCACCUCUCCGUCAGAGCCCGCCCACCUCCUCUCCCCACCUCCCUACCGUCAUCCCUCCGCCUCCCUCAACCCCUGAGCCUGGACACAGCGACAGGGGACACUUACUCUUACCCAAAUCAAGCUGAGCCGUGCUGUACUAGAGAGACCAGGUGAGUGCGAGGCUUUGGGUGAAGCGUACUGGAUUAGGCCCACUGCCUCUCUGGGAGACACUCGGUCUGGGUGGACAAGCAGGGAUCUGAGCUAAAUAAAGCCCCCUGAAGACUUUGACCUGUCAUGACUCUUUGACCUGGAGCUCCUCACCGGGGAGUGUACUCAGCAUGAGGUUAAUGCCCUGCAGGUCAAAGUCAAGUCCCAGGGUGCUUUUUGCCUGAGGGGGGCUCCAGAACCAGCGGAUGAUGGAAUUCUCUCAAAUCGUCCAAAAGAAAAAUAUAUAUAUAUAUAUCACUACUACUGUGCCAUUAAGAGACUUAUUCCAAGAACAUAUUCACUUUUUUAUACAUUUAGAAUCUGACAUUUACAACAUAACAUAAAAAAGCAAUUCAUUGCAUCCUCAAAAUGCUGCACUGCUCGGAGCAGUAGCAGCGUAUAACUUUGGCAAUUACUUCAAAUAAAUGGUCUUGUUUUGCCACAAAACUGUAGCACUAAGCACUAAAAUAUAUUAUUGCUGCUCUGAUUUGAAUAUCUCGACAGCUCUGAUGAACUAUAAUUAAUUCAAUUCUACUUAAAUAGGCAAAUGGCCUCAACAGGACAAGUGGCUAACUGCACAUUCUUAAGUGUUGAUGAAUGUGUCUUACACUGGAGAAGAGUGGUGCUUUGGUUAAAUGAGAUAUGGCACAUCAUCAGUAUCCACAGACGUACCUCAGAUGUUGAUGUGGAUGGCUGUAACACAGUCUCUGAUUACGCUGCAGCUGUGCGCCAUGUGUCCUGCGUCUACCGCGCCGAAUGUGGCCGUGUGUCUUCAUGUGCGAAUACAUUAUGUGUCUGCAUGCUUCUGUCUCUCUGUAAGUGCCUGUGGGCGAGUGUGCGUGUGAUUGAGUGUAUUAGAUGUUUAUGAUGGUAGAUGUUGUUUUAUAUUUUGUUUUAUACUUUCGAAAACUAUUUAUUGAUUUCUCUCUGUCGCUGCGUGCGAGCCCACUGCGUUGUUAAGACGGGAAAAUAAAAACAGGGGUUUGUAA